AUGGAAGCAGACGUUGCGAGCUCCUCAGAGCCGAAGAACCUCGGCAAAGCCCCCGAGAAGGCCAGCAGCCAGCUGCCUUCUGCACAUGCAGACCGCGCCCUUCCUUGGGUGGAAAAGUAUCGCCCGGAGCGCCUUAGCGACGUCUUGGCCCACGACGACAUCAUCAGAACAAGAACAGGGAAAACAUCCACCAUUCUGGCGGUCGCGAAGGAAUUCUACGGCAGCGCCGUUCGCACGCAUGUGCUCGAGUUGAACGCGUCUGACGAUCGCGGCAUCAACACAGUGCGGGAGCAAAUCAAAACCUUUGCGGAAACUUCCUCCACGUCUUUCCAACAGAAUCGGCUUAUAUUCGGCAAAUCGGCGGUGCCGGCGACUGAGGCGGCAGAGGCGACCUCCUCCCAUGGCCAAGAGAAGAAGGGCCAGGGAGGGCCUUCUUUGAAAUUGAUUAUUCUCGACGAGGCGGACCAGAUGACAAACGCGGCGCAGAACGCUCUUCGACGAAUCAUGGAGGCCUACGCGCGUAACGUCCGCUUUUGCUUGAUUUGCAACUUCGUCAACAAAAUUACUCCCGCCAUUCAGUCGAGAUGCACCGGGUUUCGCUUCACACCUGUCUCCUCUGCAUCCCUAAAAACAAAAGCCGCACAGAUUGUCCAGGACGAAAAAAUGAAGCUGAGCGACGACGGCUUGGAUGCGCUGGUCAAAAUCGCUCGUGGAGACAUGCGUCGCCUCCUCAACUGCAUGCAGGCUUCACACCUGGCGCACCCGGGGGAGGAAGUCAACGCAGACAUUGUGCACCGAACUCUGGGUCUGCCUCCGCCCUCAGAGGUCACGACGAUGUUUGAGCGUCUCCUCGUUGCGGACUUCUUUGCAUGCUGCAAAGAGUUGGACGAACUCGUUACUGCAAAAGGCUACGCGAUGCGGGACUGGGUCAUCGCGUUUCACGAGAGAAUCCUCCUCGUCGACUGGCCUGCCAACGUUUUGAUCACCUUUGUCAGCCGGCUCGCCGACCUCGAAUGCAUGCAGUCGUCGCCGCCUUCUUCGAAGCUCGCGCCGGCCUCCAGGCAGCCGCUGCUGCGACGCCUCCAAUUCCUUCGCAGUGAAAGACGCAAUCUCGACUAG